AUGUUUGCACAGAAGAAUUUUGAAAUAUUUAAACAAAAAACAAAAAACAUGAAAAUCAAAAUGUCUAAACUUUCCAGUUAUCACAUCAUGAUAAUCUCGAAGUACUUCAAGACUAUCAAAGACUUAAUCAACUUGGAGUUGGUAUGCAAGAAGUUCAGUGGUCAUAUGGAAAAGUUUCAUUUUAACCCAAUUCCGUUAAAUUCCAAAACACUUGGAUACUUCCCAAACAUCGAGACACUUCAUUUGUGGAAUGAAAAAGAUGAAAAUUUUGGUAAUGGAUUUAUGAUCAACAAAAGAGAAAAUAGAAAAAAUAAAAAUGAAAAAGAAGUUGUUUUUGAAAAAGAGUUUUUUCGAAUCAUUAUAUGGUUCAAUGUUGACUUUGAAACUGUUGACAGAAACAAAAGUCGAAACCUCGAGUUCAAAAAUGUUACUUACACUAAAAAUGAUAGAAAGAAAUUUGGUAAUAACAUACCAUUGAGUGUAACAUCGAUUGGUGAUAAAUGUUUCAAUGAAUGUGGUAAAUUGAACAGUGUUACAAUACCAACUAGUGUGAGAUCAAUUGGUAAUUGGUGUUUCAAUGGAUGCAGAAGUCUAAGUAGUGUUACAAUACCAUCAAGUGUCACAUCGAUUGGUGAUAAUUGUUUCGGUGGAUGUGGUAGUUUGACCAUUAUUAACAUACCAUUGAGUGUAAAAUCAAUUGGUGAGGGUUGUUUCCGUUGGUGUGAUAGUCUAAACAGUAUUACAAUACCAUCAAGUGUAAAAUCAAUUGGUGAUAAUUGUUUUUUUAGAUGCAGUAAAUUGAGUAGUUGCUCUAAACAGUGUUACAAUACAACCAAGCGUGAGAUCAAUUGGUGA